CAGCGACCAAGAUUACUUUUAAUGAAGCGAGAGAGGAUGAUGAAUACGAUAAUCGGAAUCAUCUGUCCUGCAAUAAGGAUCUUUUUCAUCUCGUGUAAGAUAAGACUUUUGACUAUCUAAGGUUCACAAGAUCAUUGACUGAUGGGUGCCUUUGGCUUUAUUUAUUUUCCACUGAUGAUGUCUUUGCCCAUGUCGAUGAGUAAAGAAUGCAGCAUCUCCACUUGAGCUCUCGACCGUUGACGCGGCAGUCCGGAUGCUUCAGAAAUCGCGGAAUUCCUUACUAUUAAGGGCUAACCAAUUACAUCCUCCACAACCAUCCCACACUCUCUUUCUAGUAGGAAAGAGGUGGGGGAUGUGCUGAAGAAUGUAAUGUGGCAACCUUUAAUACUACUCCCACUCCGUUGUUGUACCUCAACAUGCCGCUGAACUUGCACCAGGAGGGACAUCAAAAGUACCUUGUGUAGUUGAGAGAAAUGUAGUUGAGAGGCAUUACUCAUCAGGAAGACUGGAGCAUGUUCUGCAACUACCUCUUCCAGUACUGAGAAAGUCUACGAGCUGUACUGGAGCAUGUGGAGCACCAGGUUUCCGGCGCUGGUUUUCCU